AUGUCGGAGACUCCCACAUAUUCCAUGGCACCGCGACGACCGCGAGCUAUCCAUUUCGGAGCCGGUAACAUCGGCCGCGGUUUCAUCGCACCCCUACUCGUCGACUCGGGCUACCACGUCACCUUCGCCGAUGUCGACAAGGAGCUGAUCGAAGAAAUGAACGCGAAGCAAGAGUACGAUGUGCACAUCCUUGAUCAACAGAAGAACGAGGUCAAGGUCACACACGUAUCCGCCGUGCUCAGUUUCGCAGAAGAUUUGGAGGAGCGCAUCGCGCAUGCAGCGCUCCUGACGACGGCGGUUGGCCUCACUGUCUUGGAGAAGAUCGCGCCCACCAUCGCGAAAGGCAUCCAGGCGCGCCGGAAGAUUAACGGGCCACCGCUCAACAUCAUCGCCUGUGAGAACGCCAUCGGAGGCACGGCGCACCUGAAGGAGUUCGUCGAUAAGCAUCUGGCUGAUGAAGACCAGGAGUAUGUACGGGAGAAUGUCGGUUUCGCCAACUGCAGCGUCGACCGCAUCGUGCCUCCCUUUGAGGGCAAACCAGGAAACAAGCUCGACGUCGGCGUCGAGGGGUUCUUUGAGUGGGUAGUCGAGGAACCCGCACUCCGCGGGCCUAAGCUCAACGUCAAGGGCAUGCACCUUACGAACAACCUCAUCGCCUACAACGAACGCAAACUGUUCACGCUUAACACCGGGCACUGUAUCACCGCCUACCUCGGCUGGCUCAAGGGUUUACCCACCAUCGACUCCUCCAUCCGCGACGACGAGAUCCGGAAGGUCGUCCGGGGCGCUCUAGACGAGAGCGGUGCAGCGUUGAUCAAGAAGCACGGCUUCAGCGAGCAGGAGCACAAGGAGUACCUCGACAAGAUCGAGGAGCGGUUCAAGAACCCGGAAGUGAAGGACGACGUCGUCCGCGUCGGCCGGCAGCCGCUGCGCAAACUCGGGCGGAACGACCGCUUGCUCGGUCCGACCUAUCUCGCGAAGGAGUACGGCGUGGAAGUGAACUGGCUGCCAGUCGGGAUCGCGGCCGCGUUCCACUACGAGAACGAUACGGACGAGCAGGCGAAGCAGUUGCAGGCGGAAAUCAAGGCGAAGGGCAUCGAGAACGUGGUCGCGGACAUCACCGGGUUCCAUCAUGACACGGACGACCACAAGAAGAUCGUUAAUCAUUAUCAUGAGCUGAAGAAGCUACGAGCCUGAGAUAGGAGCAGAAGUGUAGACACUCCACUCGUGCGCAAACUUGGCAAAGUCAGGUCAAUGUAUUUUACUUGGGUAGAAACGCGGUCCGAUAUAGUACGAUGUUUACACGGUUAAGGUGCAAUGAUACUUAACACGC